CAACUGAAAGUAAAUUUAAAAAAAAAGCAAUGAAAUUAAAAUCAUGUUGUUGCGUUAAUUUGAGAACUGGUGGUUUGAUUAUAGCUGGAUUUGAAAUUUUCUUGGGACUUGUACUAAUUCGGACCAACAUUUCUGUAGCAUUGGUGAAAUUUGCAGUCGGAGGAUGUCUCAUGUUCGGCAUUUUAAAGAAUCAGCCAACGUGUCUGGUUCCAUAUCUUAUUGCGCAAGGCAUCUCUAUCGUUGGCUCAAUAAUUACUUUGAUCUAUUUAAUUGUUAAAAUGCAAACAAAUCCAGAAGAAACGAAAGAAUUUUUCGCCGAAUUGAUUACGGAAACUACAGAUAAUGACAGUGUUGAAAAUGCAUCGGUCGAUAAAUUGAUACCUUUGAUAAUGAUUCUAUCAUUUUUGCUAUUAAUUGAAAGUAUAUAUUCGUCACUUGUAAUUUAUUCUCUCUACAAAGAAUCGAAAGUAUUGAAUCAUCAAAUACAGGACUCAAUUAACAAUCAUAUCCAUCCAGCUCUUCAGGCUAAUUUACCUUACGAAUCAAAUCCUCCGCCUUAUUCCUUUUAUCCACCUGAUCAAUCGAAUUUGAGUUUGUCUACUUAUCCAAUUCGAAAAAAUCAACCCUUAGCAUUCUCGACUUUCGUAUCGCAACCAAAGAAACAAAAGAAUAAGGCUGACAAUGACGUUGUAUUUUCUUAUAAUUAA